UUACAUUCAGUAAAUCUUUCUUCCUUUUAAGAUUCAAUAUUUACGAAAUAAUUAUUGUUUGAAAAUUUUAGGUGGUAAAUUUGAAUUUUUUUGGUCUUAUUAUUAAUUAUGAAAAGAAAGUAUAAUUUCGAUCAUUGAAAUACUUGAAAAAAAUAUAUACAUAAAUCUAUAUUGUAUAAACUGAAUCUAUCAUCAAUAGUUACCAUGUAUUCAAACAAAAGUAAUACUAAUCUAUAUGUAUUUGUAUCAAUGAACAUUUAUAAUAAACAAAUAAUACAUUCAUAUUGAAAACGUAAUGGACAGUAUAUAUAUAUAUAUAUAUAUAUUGUAUAUUAUUCAAUGAACUCUUUCUAUCCGUCUAUUUAUUUAAAUAACUAGAUAACUGACUAACAUAUAAAUAUACAUUGGUUUGUUUUUAUUCCAUUGAUUCAUUGUUCAUUGUUUAUUUUGUUUAAAUAUUUUAAUACUUAAACGAAUGUUAUUUCAUCCUAUGAACUUAUUCAUUGAUUCCUUCAUUCAUUCAUUCAUUCAUUCAUUCAGAUAACUAACUAAUCAAAUGAAACUAAAUGAAACCUUCACGAAUCUAUCAAUCAUUCAAUUUCUAGUUAAAUUAAUUGAAAAUCUAAAAUAAAAUAAAAACAUAUUUGUAUACAUGAAUACGAAAAAAGAUUAUUAUAUGUAAGUAAAACGAAAAGAAUUUGAUUUGUUACCCUGAGAAAAUAAAAAAAAAUUGACCUGAAAAAAGAAAAAGUAAUUUAAAUAUUAAAAUUGAUAACAGUUUCUUUUUUCUAUUUUUUUUUGCUCUUGAAUUAAAAAAGAGAAAAAAAUUCCAUUAUAAGUUAGUGAUAAUAAAUAAUCUAUUCAUGUAUAUAAAAUGGAUUAUAUGUAUAUGUUAAUAACAAAACAUGUAAAGAAUCUGUGAAGAGAAAACAAUUUUUAAAAAAUGAACAUUUGUUUGUCUAAUAUGUUAUGGUAUAAUUCAUAAAUUGAACAUUGAUCAUCAUAAUUAUGUCAAGUUUGAAAUAUUUAUGGCCAUCUACAGCAUUUGUUUUAGGUAAUUCAAUGGGAUUUAAUACAUCGAAUGGAAAUACAUUUAAUUCAUUGAAUUCUUCAUCCUUCUCUUCAUCAUCAUCAUCAUCAUCAUCAUCGUCAUCGUCAUCAUUUUCAUCUGAUGUAUCACAACAUUUUAUUAGUUCAAUGAAUUCUAUUACUUCUAAUGAAUUAAUACAUUCUAUAGCUAAUUCAUCAAUGACACCAGAACUAGUUCAAAAUUUAAAUGAUCUACAUACUUUAAGUCAUGAUCAUCUUAAUCAAAAUGAUAGAUUUCAUCAAGUGAAUUCUCAUUUACAUAAUAAUAAUAAUAAUGACAAUAAUAGUAAUAGUAAUGAUAACAAUGCUUUUACGCACGUACAUGCACUUGCAGAUCAACAACGACAUCUUAAAAUGGAAGAAUGUGGUUCUUCCAUACUGAAUAAAAAUACUACUGUUAAUACUAGUAAUACUGGUGAUGCGACAUCAAGACCUUCUUGGUCAUGUAUAGACAAUAAUGAUAAUAAUAAUAAUAAUAGUACAUCUUUUAUGCCUAUAACUUGUAAUCAUAGUUAUGAUGAUUCAAAGUGUCAAUGUGUCAAUGUAGUUGCUGCAGCGGCAGCUGCUAGUUAUGCACGUUCUUGUUUGUAUCAUGGUGUUGCUAUGGCUGCAGCGUCAUACAAUAAUUUUGACCCUUGUACAAGAACAAUGACUACAACUAGUUUAACGAAUUCACUAAGUACAUUGAAUAGUUCCACUAAUAUAUCAAAUAUGAAUUCAUUAUAUCCAAGAUCAUUUUGUACUUCAACAUCACUGGCAUCAUCAUCUACAACAUUACCAUCUUCAUUAUUGCCAGCCUAUCAUUCAAUUCAUAAUUCACGUGAUUAUCACCAACAUAAUCACCAUUCACUUUCAUUUCCUGUAAUGCAACAAACGAAUUCAAUGUUUUUACCACCUCCACCACCACCGCCUACUUGUCAACAAUCAUCCAUGUUUGAUUUUAAUGCAUUAAAUUCAUAUCCCUACUCAACUUAUCAUCAACGUAUUGGAAAUUCGAAUUCAAAUGUGGUGUUGGCUGCAGCAGCUGCGCAUAAACAUGUACAAUACUUUCAAGGUAUUUACUCACGUGCUAAAUCGAAUAAAGCCAAAGGACAUGGUGGAAUAAAUCAACUUGGAGGUGUUUUUGUCAAUGGACGUCCAUUACCAAAUCAAGUUAGACAACAAAUAGUUCAAUUGGCCAAUCAAAAUGUACGACCAUGUGAUAUUAGUAGACAAUUAAGAGUUUCACAUGGUUGUGUUAGUAAAAUUUUAGGACGGUAUUAUGAAACUGGAAGUAUACGACCUGGUGUUAUUGGUGGAUCAAAGCCAAAAGUUGCAACGGCUUCCGUUGUUGAAGCUAUCUGCAAAUAUAAAGAGGAUAAUCCAACUAUGUUCGCAUGGGAAAUACGUGAUCGUUUAUUAAAGGAUCAAAUAUGUACAGUAGAAAAUGUACCAUCUGUAUCAUCAAUUAAUCGUAUUGUUAGAAAUAAGGCAAGUUAG